CCCCACAUUAUAGAAUGAGCAAAAAUCACAGCUUUGCAUUUGCAUUUAUAUAGACCGAGGGAGUGAGGAAGAGAGAGAGAAGGUAAAGCAAAGGUGGGCUCUUGGCGAGCUGUGAGUGAUGAAAGAGUGAUUUUUUUUUCGUGAAGUGCGUUUGUUUUUGUUUUGAGGGGCAUUGAGUGCGUGUUGUGAAUUAAUGGCCACCAACGGGAGGCUUAUUGCAGGUUCUCAUAACAGGAAUGAGUUUGUUCUUAUCAAUGCCGAUGAGGUUGCAAGAGUAACGUCUGUUAAAGAAUUGAGCGGUCAGAUUUGCCAGAUCUGUGGGGAUGAAAUAGAAAUAGCGGACAAUGGGGAGCCAUUUGUUGCCUGUAAUGAAUGUGCAUUCCCUGUGUGUAGGCCCUGCUAUGAAUAUGAAAGAAGAGAGGGCAAUCAAGCCUGCCCUCAAUGCAAAACAAGAUACAAGCGCUUGAAAGGGAGUCCCAGAGUAGAAGGGGAUGAAGAAGAAGAUGAUACUGAUGAUUUGGAGAAUGAGUUUGAUAUUGGUAGCAAUGAUAGAAGAGAUCCUCACAACAUUGCUGAGGCCAUGCUCUCUGCACGCCUUAAUACCGGUCGUGGUUCCCAAGGCAGAGUCACUACACCAUCAGAGGUGGAUUCUGCUUCUGUUGCUGGAGAGAUCCCUCUUCUGACCUACGGCCAAGAGGAUGUUGGGAUUUCCUCUGAUAAGCAUGCUCUUAUUAUUCCACCAUUUAUGGGUCAUGGAAAGCGGGUUCAUCCGAUGGCAUUUCCUGAUUCAUCUAUGACUUUGCCUCCCAGACCUAUGGAUCCUAAAAAAGAUUUGGCAGUAUAUGGCUAUGGAACUGUUGCAUGGAAGGAGCGAAUGGAGGAGUGGAAGAAAAAGCAAAAUGAAAAAUUUCAAGUUGUCAAGCAUGAAGGAGGAAAAGGUGAUGGAAACAAUGAUGGGGAUGGACUGGAUGACCCUGAUUUGCCCAUGAUGGAUGAAGGCAGGCAGCCACUCUCAAGAAAACUACCUAUACCUUCAAGCAAGAUAAAUCCAUACAGAAUCGUUAUUAUAAUCCGGCUUGCGAUUCUUGGCCUGUUUUUCCACUAUAGACUUCUCCAUCCAGUCCAUGAUGCUUAUUGGCUGUGGCUACUAUCAGUAAUUUGUGAAAUAUGGUUUGCUGUUUCUUGGAUAUUUGAUCAGUUUCCAAAAUGGUACCCAAUUGUACGAGAAACAUACCUUGACCGCUUGUCAUUGAGGUAUGAGAAAGAAGGAAAGCCAUCUGAGUUAGCUGAUAUAGACAUAUUUGUAAGUACAGUUGAUCCUAUGAAAGAGCCUCCACUUAUCACUGCAAACACGGUUCUUUCCAUCCUUGCUGUAGAUUAUCCCGUGGACAAAGUUGCAUGCUAUGUCUCAGAUGAUGGUGCUGCCAUGCUCACUUUUGAAGCCCUCUCUGAGACAUCUGAGUUUGCUAGAAAAUGGGUCCCAUUCUGCAAGAAGUUCAGUAUUGAGCCCCGGGCUCCAGAGUGGUAUUUUGCCCAGAAGGUUGACUAUUUAAAAAAUAAAGUAGAUCCGACAUUUGUGAGGGAACGUCGUGCCAUGAAGAGGGAAUAUGAAGAGUUUAGAGUUCGCAUAAAUGGGUUGGUUGCCAUGGCACAGAAAGUUCCUGAGGAUGGUUGGACAAUGCAGGAUGGAACUCCAUGGCCAGGGAACAAUGUGAGGGAUCAUCCUGGCAUGAUUCAGGUCUUCCUUGGCCAUAAUGGGGUUCGUGAUAUUGAAGGAAACGAAUUACCUCGUUUGGUUUAUGUGUCUCGUGAAAAGAGACCAGGAUUUAAUCACCACAAAAAGGCUGGAGCCAUGAAUGCUUUGAUCCGAGUCUCAGCAAUCAUAUCAAAUGCUCCUUACCUGCUGAAUGUUGAUUGUGAUCAUUAUAUAAAUAACAGUAAGGCACUUCGUGAAGCCAUGUGCUUCAUGAUGGAUCCCACAUCAGGAAAGAAAAUCUGUUAUGUGCAAUUUCCUCAAAGAUUUGACGGAAUUGAUCGUAAUGAUAGAUACUCUAACCGCAAUGUUGUAUUCUUUGAUAUCAACAUGAAAGGAUUGGACGGGAUCCAGGGGCCUAUUUAUGUUGGAACUGGGUGUGUCUUCAGGAGGCAGGCACUCUAUGGAUACGAUGCCCCUGUCAAGAAGAAACCUCCAAGGAAGACCUGUAAUUGCUUUCCGAAAUGGUGCUGCGGUUGUUGCAAAUCAAGAAGGAGAAAUAAAAAGGUGAAGGCAAAUGAGAAAAAGAAGAAGAACAAGGAGACUUUAAAGCAGAUACAUGCACUUGAAAAUAUUGAGGAGGGAAUUGAAGGAGUAGAUAAUGAAAAGUCAGCUCUGAUGUCCCAAAUAAAGUUUGAGAAGAAAUUUGGACAAUCACCUGUUUUCAUAGCUUCAACACUUAUGGAAGAUGGUGGAGUUCCGAGAGGAGCUUCAUCAGCAGCACUCUUGAAAGAAGCGAUACAUGUGAUUAGCUGUGGCUACGAGGACAAAACGGAAUGGGGUAAAGAGGUUGGGUGGAUAUAUGGAUCUGUUACAGAAGAUAUAUUAACUGGUUUCAAAAUGCAUUGCCAUGGUUGGCGAUCAGUUUAUUGCAUACCCAAAAGGCCUGCUUUCAAGGGUUCAGCUCCUAUUAACCUUUCAGAUCGUCUACAUCAGGUUCUCCGAUGGGCUUUGGGAUCUGUGGAGAUCUUUUUUAGCAGGCAUUGUCCGAUAUGGUAUGGGUUUGGGUGCGGUUUGAAACCAUUGGAGCGUUUCUCGUAUAUAAACUCAGUUGUUUACCCCUUGACAUCCAUUCCCUUGAUCGUAUAUUGUACAUUGCCAGCUAUCUGCCUCCUUACUGGGAAGUUCAUUGUCCCCGCGAUUAGCAACUAUGCCAGUAUCGUUUUCAUGGCUAUGUUCAUAUCCAUUGCCGCAACUAGCAUCCUCGAAAUGCAAUGGGGAGGGGUUGGCAUACAUGACUGGUGGAGAAACGAGCAGUUCUGGGUGAUUGGUGGCGUCUCAUCACACUUAUUUGCUCUCUUCCAGGGUCUGCUCAAGGUGUUGGCUGGAGUCAACACAAACUUCACUGUUACCUCCAAGGCAGCCGAUGAUGGAGAAUAUUCUGAGCUCUACUUCUUCAAGUGGACAUCUUUAUUGAUCCCUCCCUUGACUUUGUUAAUCAUAAACAUAAUUGGAGUCAUAGUCGGAGUUGCAGAUGCCAUCAGUAAUGGUUAUGAUUCAUGGGGUCCUCUCUUCGGUAGACUCUUUUUCGCCUUAUGGGUCAUCGUCCAUCUUUACCCAUUCCUCAAAGGGUUCAUGGGAAAACAAAACAGGAUUCCAACCAUCAUUAUUGUCUGGUCAAUACUUUUGGCUUCAAUUUUCUCCCUUCUAUGGGCAAGAGUCAACCCAUUCGUGUCGAGAGGCGGGGUUGUAUUAGAAGUUUGUGGGUUGGAUUGCAACUGAGAUACGCGUAUAGAAAGUUUAGAAUGUUAAAGUUUCAUUCAUGUAGAAGUAUCUUGAUAUUUACAUAAGCAGGCUACAUUUUUCGGUUGAAGGCGAAGACACAACAUAACACGGUGUACUGUUGCUCGCCAGAAAACUUAAAAGAAGAUAUGCCGCAAAGGAAAAUGGUGGCGGGUUGUUUGUAGAUACAGAAAGGAUUGGGGUGGUUUGAGAUGGAUAUUUGUUUUGCCAAAGCUUUUCA